GGCGAGCGCGGGCGGUGGGCGGGGCCAAGCCGCCCGCUCCGGUCGCCCGUGGAGACGGGCUGCGGGCGGAGGACGGGAGCGGCGGGCGGAUCAUUACACCAAUAAAAUCAAAGCAAGCCGGACAGGUAGCAAGACCGCCUUUGUAGACUAAAGAAUUUGCUGAAGGUCACGUAACCUGAGGCCACGCUGGAUCUUGUGACUCCCAGUCUGGUGCUUUAAUCACGGACCGCUCCUGCUUUACAUGCUAACUUCACUGCUUCACUGAAAAUGUCUGGCAAAACGGCUAGCACGACCAACAACAUAGCCCAGGCCCGAAGGACUGUCCAGCAGUUAAGAAUAGAAGCCUCAAUAGAAAGAAUAAAGGUGUCAAAAGCAUCAGCUGACCUAAUGCUCUACUGUGAAGAACACGCCAAGAAAGAUCCGUUGCUAAUGGGCAUACCCGCUUCCGAGAACCCUUUCAAGGACAAGAAGACCUGCAUUUUGUUAUAGGAGAGCGGCAGCUCCUCCGCAGCCCUCCUGGGCAAAGCCGGCCGCCGGCAGGCGUAUAGGCAAAUACUCUGUAAGGUACCACCUGUUAACUGUGUAAGAGCAGCUGUUCUUUUACCAAGCGUAUAAAUGAUUUCUUAAGCUUUCUAAAGCAUUUCUUCUGUUCCCUAUCUUUAUUAGGAAGCGAGGUUUCAAACUGAAUUAACUUCUUUCUUGUCCGAGGGAAUGGGGUCUUUGUCAAGCCCGCGAGCGCUGCGCCGGGGUCCCCGCGGUGGGACGGGCAGGGCGAGCCGGGGGUCUUGUCCUCUGCAGGAGUGGGUCCCCGUUUCACUUUUCAAGUUACGCAAACGAGACCAAAGUUGCCUGAGCUUUGCUGACAGAGCAGAGGCAAAGGGGUAGAAACCUGAUUAAACAUCAUUGGUUUUACAUUUUUUUAAAAUUACGUAUGCGGGGAAGGCGGGGGGGGGGGAUGUGUACUGUGUUGGUAGCGUGCGUUUAUGCACAGACACAUUUAGAAGUGCAUUAUCUAGCAAAAGCUACCUUGAAAAAUGAUUGUAGCAACUGCUGGUGAACUCCAGGGAGCCAUGUCUGCAGCCUUCCUUAUGCUGGCUUCUCUCGACAGGGGUUUUUAAGUGUAAAACCUAAAGCGUCAAGAAUCAGAGAUCUGCAGAUUUAUUUUCCUGCUUUAUAAAAGGAGCUGAAAAAGCAGAAUUUUCAGCUUUGAUUCUGCUUCUCUGCAUUUUCUUCUGUAAUUAAGAAUCUGUGUUAGCAUAAAAAAACCCCUGUCAAAAGAAUCAAAGGCUGCAAGCUAGUGCUGCCCUGGCCGCGUGCUGAGCUGGAGGCAUGGUUCCGUCACUCGAAGUCCCAGUUGUAUUUUGUGCAGGGAGUCAGAAUUUGGCUCUUUUUAAAAUUCAUUUUUAAAGGGGAAAAACGCCAAAUUAUAUCCAGAUUGUGGUUAUGCAGAUACAAUUGGAGGGCCUUUCCAUCAAGUAAGUGAUUUUAUAUAUAUACAUAAUAAAAAAGUCUUUCUCUGUC